CAUUCAAUCAUGCAUUAAGCAAGAAUAUCUCUUUUGUUAUAUGUCCCUCGCUUAUCUGUUGGUAUCUUUUAUUUGUUUCGAAUAUAAAUUCCUUUUCUUGAAACAAACGAUUGUAAUAAUUAUUAGUACCUAUAUAUGUUGGCUUCUUCUUCUGUUUACUAGUUUCAUCUCCAGUUUUGAAAUAGACUUAAGAGUUGAAAAUGGGAAGGCAGCCUUGUUGUGAUAGAGUUGGAUUGAAGAGAGGUCCAUGGACUAUUGAAGAAGACCAUAAGCUCGUCCAUUUUAUUCUCAACAAUGGCAUCCAAUGUUGGCGAACCAUUCCCAAGCUUGCAGGUUUGCAAAGAUGCGGAAAGAGUUGCAGAUUGAGAUGGAUUAAUUAUUUGAGACCUGAUCUCAAAAGAGGGGCACUAUCUGAAGCUGAAGAAGAUCAGAUUAUUGAGCUUCAUGCUCGUUUUGGUAACAGGUGGUCUAAGAUAGCAUCACAUUUUCCAGGGAGGACAGACAAUGAAAUCAAGAACCAUUGGAAUACUCGAAUUAAGAAGAAAUUAAAGCAAGUGGGAAUAGACCCUUUAACUCACAAGCCAAUUGACCAAGAAAAAUACCAACAAGAACCAGAUGAUACAAUCAUGGAACUUAACUUACCAAAUCAUUAUAAAACAGAGACAUAUGAUAAAAGCAAUGAAGCAGAGAAUUGUACUGAAAAUGCUACUGAUUUUUCAGUGUCAAACAAUGCAUACCACAAUAUGUUGAGUGAAAAUUUUGAUGUGGAUUUAUGGAACAAAAGUUGUAAAACUAUGUCUAAUUGUUACAGCCCUACACUUUCUUUAGAAGCUGAAGAAUCCAUCAAAUUUUCAACAGUAUCAGCUGUUACUGAAUCCUCAAGUAACAUUGCACCUGCAGAAGAACAAGAUUCUCUACAACAAUGGAUGGAUUCAAUUUUCUCAUGUGCUGUAAAUCAACUCGAAGAAGACCUUUUUUUCUUGAGAAAAUACAAUUAAUAAUUGUACAACUUUUCUUUCUCCCUCCUUGUUCUUCAUUUUUCUUACUAAUAGGAUUGUUCUCCAAGAAUGAAAAAGGAAAAUUUUUUAGAGGGAGGCAAGUUUCCUCUUGUGUUAUUACAAUUUCUUUAUGC